UUAUUACAUGUUCAUUACAGUAGUGACACAGGGGAGACUAGCGGUAGCUGAGUUAUAAUAAAAAUACAUUGGCAAGGUGCGGCAUAAAAUAAGCGCACGAACUGAGAAAAGGGAACAUUUACAAGGGGGGAAUAAAAGCAACUUGGUGGUAAACAUUAUCACUCCCUCCCAUAGAAAACGCCAGAAGAGUGAAUCGACUGAGAGGGAGCGAGAGGGAAAAAGAGAAAAAGAGCGCUGAAGGCAACCCACUCAACAGCCACUUAUUAGGCGAAUACAUUCCAGUCGGACUUGCGUAGCCUGCAUUAAUAAACCACCAUAAGAAAUGUCUGCCCCAGCUGCUGCCGGCGCCCCCGCAGAUGGAGCGGCGCCCCCUCCCAACCUCACUAGCAACCGCCGCCUGCAACAGACACAGGCUCAGGUGGAUGAGGUGGUCGAUAUCAUGCGUGUAAAUGUGGAUAAGGUUCUGGAGCGUGAUCAGAAGCUGUCAGAGCUGGAUGAUCGAGCCGAUGCCCUGCAGGCUGGAGCCUCACAAUUCGAGACCAGCGCUGCAAAACUCAAGAACAAGUACUGGUGGAAGAACGCCAAGAUGAUGAUUAUCCUGGGGCUGAUAUGUGCGAUUGUCCUCAUCGUCAUCAUCGUCUACUUCAGCACCUAAGAUGAGUGGCUCCUACCCCAGUCUGCACUCGAGACUGCCCGCUUCCUUGCAACAGAAAAUCCUUCAAAUCAGCGAAGAAAUUAUCCACUGAUGAUGAAUUAAUUUAAUUGCUCCCUAAAUAGUCUCAAUAUGACCCUGCCCUGAACCCCCUCAGCCCCCGCUUCCACCGCCUCACCUCUGGACCCCUGUCAAUAUUCGUCCUGUGAGUCUGUGGCCCUUCCUCCAUUGUAAAUACUUCCUGCUUUUCUAAUCUGUCGUUCAUAUUCAGAACCCAAUACUUGUUGUGAUUGUUACCGAUGACAACAACAGAAAAAGAAAAUGAUGACCCUGGCGAUAAUUGUUAUAUACCAGAUAUGAAAUAUAUAUAGUUAUUUGUAGAGUUUUAUUCUGAUAUAAUGUUUUUGUAGGUUGUGUGUGGGUGUGUGUUUUGUAUUUUUUAAUUUUUGUAUUAAUUUUACUUAUGCUUCAGAUUUGAACUACUGCCUAUUAAUCAGAGUGUGUAUAUCUUGCAAUUUCUCUCUCACUGUCUCUGCCUGUCUCUGGCUUUCUCUGUCUUGCUCUGUCUCCCACAGAGUAUAGGUGCAUCUUUGCAGAGUGGAGUUAGUCUCCUUUAACCGAGGUACUUCAUCAAUAUUCCCAUCCUUCUCUCUCUCUUUUUCUCUUUCUCUCUCCUACACCAUUUAGCCAUACUGUCUCUUUAGAAUCAUUUUAUCCUUUCUCUUUCUUUAUGUCUCUCUUUCCCUGCCUCUCUUUUCCCAAUCAUGUACCUUCUCUUUAUAAACUGCCAAUAGAAUUGGACCAAUGUCUGUAGAUGUUUUUUAUUUUACUUAUUUAGUGUCUUAUUUCGAGAACAUUCCUCCAUUGCUGUGUAGUAAAAAUGCUGUCAGUGUAGCACAUGUAUGUGUAAGUAUCUUUAAAAAAUGAAAAUAGAUGUAUAAAGUGAUCGUAAAUAUUAUCGCCGAUAUCAAUCUAACAAGCCAGAGUUGGGAAAAUAACAAUAUUGAUAAAAAAAUGAGGGCUUACUAGUUUUUGUUUGGUGGAUCAGGAUUUUAACCUGUUUCAUUUUUUCAUUUCAGCAACAUAACAUUGAAUAAAGUUGCUGUGACAAUGCAUCAAUUCUACAUAGAUGGUCAUUACUAACAAAGACCUAAAAAGCAUACUUACACUAAGGGAUCAAAAUGAGGACACUAUAAAGCCUUAGUCUCUAAUCAAAACUUAUCACAUUGAUGAUUUUUACGGUCAAGAUAUUCCCAUACACUCUUUAAUUUGUGUAGGGGGAGAGGUUGACUGAAAAGGGUGAGGCGGUGUGAAAUGCACAAAGAACCUUGUUUCUGAUGGCGCUGUCUGGCUGGUCAACAGCAUGACCAGCCGAGAGAGAACCUCAUGCAGCAAAACCUCACCUAUUGAUGAGCACAUACACAGACAACUCCGCCUUAUUUGAAAGUAUUAAGAUGGAUGAAGCAACUGGCAUGGACACACAAUAGUAGAAAAAGAUGAUCUAGAGAAAGGGUCUAACUUGGCCCAUGCUUCAUUGACAGAUUAAGGGUUGCUGUAAAACUUAAGUGAACUUUCCAAGAAACGUCAUGAAAAGCAGUCUUACUAUACACACAAGCUAAAGUGAGCGUUUAGCUAGUGCACUGGUUCUCUCUAUCUUUCUUACAUUUUCUCCCUAGUUACUGCCUUUUUAUUUUUUAAACAUAGUAAUAGAGUAUAUUUUAUAUAGUAUAUUUUUGUGUUUGUGUGAAGCAGACAGGUAAAGAGGAGACUGAAGUCAAUCAGGACUUCUCUACCUCUGUGCGUUGUGUGUGUGUGUCUUUUUGCGAUUCAGCUCUGUAAGUUAAACACUGCCAAGCAACUAGGGAGAGGCUUUUAUUUUCUGCUAUUUUCUCAUUAGUGCCCUUACUGAUUUGUUCUUAGUGGAUUGCUCUUGCAUGGUCACCUUUUGUCCCAUGCCCCUGUAUAGGCCUACCUGUUUCUAGUGCUGUCUGUUUCUAGCACAGGAGGUUGGUGGCACCUUAAUUGGGGAGGACGGGCUCGUGGUAAUGCCUGGAGCGGGAUCAGUGGAAGGGUAUCAAAUACAUCAAACACAUGGUUUGAUGCCAUACCAUUCUCUCCGUUCCAGUCUUUAUUAUGAGCCGUCCUCCCUUCAGCAGCCUCCACUGGUUUCUAGUGCUAUCUGUUUCUAGUGCUAUGUAUCUGCCAGCUCUGUUAGUCUACGUUAUGAGUAGUAACAGAAAGACUACUGGACCUGUGGAUUAUACAGUUGUUCCCAUAGGUUAGGCCACUUUAACAUGACCUCUUGCCCUCUGUCCCACCAGAUCUGCAUACUUUCUACCCUCCUAUUUCUCCUCUGUCCCCAGCCCCCCUCAAUGAUUCAGGAUCCUACACUGGGAAUGUGUGUGUUGGUGAAGCUCUGCCCGUCCUGGGAAUAUCCUUAGUUUAUCCUGACAGAUUAGGCCGCUUACACUUCAGCAGUGAGGGCAAGCUGUUUCCAUGACAACUAAAUUAGAUGAGCAGAUUUGGGAGGUAACAGAUCAGCCCACUGACUGUCUUUCAGACUCGUAAGAUUUUCCAUAUUUGUGCUCAAGGAAUAUUCCUAUGCUACAUGUACACAGAUAUUCCCUUACUCUCUCUCUCUCUCUCUCUCUCUCUCUCUCUCUCUCUCUCUCUCUCUCUCUCUCUCUCUCUCUCUCUCUCUCUCUUUCUAUUCCUCUCUCCCUCUCUUUCACUAUCUCUAUCACACACAUGUAAAAGGAAAUGGUCUUAGCACAUUAUCUCCCUGUAAAGCAUAUCCCCCACCCCCACCCUUCCUCUUUAUUCUACCUAACUAGAGCAAAACUAAUUCAGAGGAAAAUGACCAAAGACCAGAUGUUCUUGCUUAUGCUGCCAACUGCCAUCAAAAACAAGUAGAGGGACACAACAUAUUUUACCUGAGUCACUUUAACAGCAAUCGUACUCCCCUGUUUUUGAAAGCUUACCCUUAACCCAAAAGUCACAUGACCUUUUAACCCUUUUAGAUCUUAUUCAAUAUGUCAUAUUGGCAAAUAGAUGGUGACAUAAUGUGCUAUUUGAAGAUAUGCAAGACAAACAAAACCUACAAAAAAAAAACGUGCUUCAGCCCCCUUCCUUAAGACUACUUUAAUCUGUACCAAGUCUUUAGACACAUGCUCCUAUAACUAAUAAUAGCACAACUCCUCUUUUUGUGUGUCUCUGUAGUGCUGACAACAAUUUCAAAAUGAAAUAAAAUAUUAACUUUAUCUAUCGCUGUUAAACAAAACAAACAAAACAUGCAUAAAAAAAGUCUGUAUUGUUUGGUGUUGUAGUGUGGGGGUGUAUUUGGGGGAAGGGGGGUCCUAUUUCUUCAGGUCGGAGAUUAUAACAGUUCAUAAAAAUCUACUAGGUGAGGUGAAGAAACUACAUGAAAGCUAUAUCAAAAUUGGAAUAGCAAAUAAUUAUAAUUUAUUUUGAAGGUGACAAAAAAGAGUGCCACCUUCGAGUUAUUAUCAUCUCAUAACAUCACUGGUCGGGGUAGGACUCCUGUGUUGUUCACAAAUCCAAGGGUUGUCCUAAAAGUGCUCAGCAAAUUUAGAUACAAAAAUAGACAAAUUGAUGUUAUGUGAGUGCUCGUUUUCUGUUGCUUUUUUAAUAUCCUGGCACUUUUUUCUGUUGUAUUUUGGGGGGCUAGGAUAUGCUGUGGUGGAGAAUAUUGUGUUAUUGCCAACCCUAAGAGGUGUUCAGUGACUUCAACAUAGGAGGGAACCUUUUGAGGCACUGGUCCUUCACGGGUCGGCUAUAAAAUCACAAUGCUCUCACCAAUACACAUUCAAUUUAUUUCUAUUUUUGGACCAAAUGUUUUCUUUGUAUUUUGCAUAAAGUUAGUAAUAACUUUGGUAUGAUGUCAUUGGCUUAGGUUGUGUGUACAUUGGAAGAGGAGGAAAUAUUAAAUAAAGGCUUGUUCUCUAUGUUAAUCGUGUCAGCCAAGUCAAGAAAAAGGGAUGUUACUGGGAAAAUAAAUGUUAUUUUUACCCAGUCUAGUCAAAUGUCCAGAAUGCUUAGAAGGGUGUACAAUUCAAUCCAGAUUCCUCUGUUGUUACUAUGUUUAUAUUUUGUUUGAACUUCAUUUUGGGGAGGGAAUAUUAUUUUGUUAUUUUGGGACUGGUGUUGGUGAGGUGACAGUCCACAAUACCUCUGUUUGCCUGGCCUUUCAGGAGGGAAUAGACUGGGGGAUCAUGGGUAAUGUGUUCUGUUCAGUCUGUUUUAUUUAAUUUAGUGAUUUAUUUAUUGUGUUUUUGUUUUGAAUGGGAUUGGAUAUUAAAAACAAGGUGGAUUACAAUGUACCAGAGGAUACCAAUUGAAAACCAGAAGUACGUAAAAAACAAUUGUAGUGUAAAUCAAUCAAUGUCUUGUUAUAUUGAUGAACAUCAUGGAAAUAUAUAUAUAUUGGAAAAACAAUAA